AUGGAUCAGAAGCCAUUCGCACCAGCCCAGCCGAGCGCGUGGUGAGCACCCGAGCCGGAAUAUUUACUAGAUCUUGUGUAAUAACCGUGUCCAGGCGACGGCUACGCAUCCGCAACAUCAUCGGAAUCAUCGUACUACUAUUCCUCGGGUAUCGCGUCUUGGGCCCGGCAAGACCACCAGCAAUCCAGGAAACCAACUCUCCCGUCUACCUUCAUGAUGGUCUGAGGAAGUACUGGCCGGGCUUCUCGGAGCUGAAACACAUCAUCUUCUUCGGCGACAGUUACACAUCCACCCGCUUCCUGCCAGCGAACGCUCCACCUUCCGAAUCCAAUCCCUUUGGCAAUCCUCCCUUCCCGGGCAACGUGAGCCACAAGCGACCGCUCUGGUCCGACUACCUGGUCACGACAUACAACGAGAGCCUUCUCACGGCCAUCAAUCUGGCAUGGGGCGGCGCGACGGUGGAUGAUCGACUGAUCGUGCCGUUUAUCGAUGUGAUUGAGGGUCUGAAUCGACAGGUCGGGAAUAAUUACCUGGAUAAGUAUGCGCCGAAUGCACCCAACAAGGCUACCUCGUCGUUCGCGUGGAAUAACCACGAUACGCUCGUGGUGUUCUGGUUCGGGAUCAACGACGUGCAGGGCGCGUGGUUGUGGGAGAACCGAACGGCUGUUCUGGAACGAGAUCUGGCUACGUACCGGGAGAACGUUGUAGGUCUAUCUAUUGAUAUCAAUAUCGACGGACACGACACCAUGACUGAGGCUCUGAAACGCUAAAUAACUCGACAGGAACAAGUCUACCAGACCGGCGCGCGCAAUUUCCUCUUCUUCAACAUCCCCCCGAUCGAACGCGCGCCUCUCACCCUCGUCCUCACCGAAGACCUGCAGAACCGCAAGCGGGCAGAAGUCCUCAACUGGAACGAAGAAGUCGCCCAGCUCGUGCGCGACUUCACCAAGAAGCAUCGCGACGUCACGGCGUUCUGGUGGGAUGCCUAUCGGUCGUACAAUCGCGUGCUCGACGCUCCGUGCUCGCACCCGGAAACGUGUGGCCUGAAGGAUCUCACGACCGCUUGUCCUGCGUGUGAGUAUAUAUAUACUGAAUGGCCGUCAGAGAUGGAAAGGCAUCCGAGGGGGCUGACGUAUUUUUUCGAUCCCAGAUGCGUUGAAGUUGCAGAUGGAAGUCUUGGAAUCUGUGAGUGUUUUUUUUUUUUGAAGCAUUAUUGCCCCCAGUUGAUUUGAGGAAAAGGAUAUUUCGACUGAUCAGCUGCUAAUGCUGCUGCUUCUAGUGGGAACAAUCCGACCCGAGCUGUCCGUAUCCGCUAAAGGAAUACUUCUGGGUAUGUUCUUUUCUUUCCAAAUUUUAUCUUUCCUUCUUCUUUUCUCGUAUCUGGAAUUUCUCUCCUGACAUGCAAUGAAUCAAUCUUAGAUGGACGAACUCCACCACGGCUACCACAUGCACGCCGUCACCGCGCAAGGCGUCGUGCAGAUGCUGAAAGCGACACCGAAGAAUUACUGGCCCGUGUGA